AUGGCUUCAAUACCUCCUCCACCGCCUCCAGGAUGGAAUGCUGGCGCUCCUCCCCCGCCGCCUCCUGGUAUGGCGCCUCCACCACCUGGAUAUCGCCCGCCCGUGGAUCCUCGCGUCGCCAAAUUCGCCCAGAAGAAGAAAGAAUGGCUCCGGAGCCAGCGCAACCGAUUUAGCGAGAAGCGGAAGGGCGGUUUCGUCGAGACGCAAAAAGCCGAUAUGCCACCCGAGCAUCUGAGGAAAAUUGUCAAGGAUAUUGGCGAUGUCAGUCAAAAGAAGUUCAGCAGCGACAAGCGCAGUUAUCUUGGUGCUCUGAAGUACAUGCCUCAUGCCGUCUUCAAGCUCUUGGAGAAUAUGCCCAUGCCCUGGGAGAGUGCAAGGGAAGUCAAGGUCUUGUACCACGUCAAUGGAUGUCUGACCUUGGUCAACGAGAUACCCAGAGUGAUUGAGCCGGUCUUCCAUGCGCAAUGGGCCACAAUGUGGGUGUGCAUGAGACGGGAGAAGAGCGACAGACGGCACUUCAAGCGCAUGCGAUUUCCACCUUUCGAUGACGAAGAGCCGCCUCUAUCGUGGUCUGAGAACAUCGAGGAUGUCGAACCUCUGGAGCCCAUCCAGAUGGAAUUAGAUGAGAACGAAGACGGUCCUGUCUAUGAAUGGUUUUAUGACCAUCGGCCAUUGCUCGACACUCCUCAUGUCAACGGGCCAAGUUACAAAAAGUGGAAUUUGUCGUUACCGCAGAUGGCUACGCUGUAUCGGUUAUCUCAUCAGCUGCUCAGUGAUGUCGUCGACAAGAACUAUUUUCACAUGUUCGACCGGGAAAGCUUCUUCACCGCAAAGGCUUUGAAUGUUGCGAUUCCAGGAGGACCCCGCUUUGAACCGCUCUACAAGGAUAUUGAUCCGAACGAUGAAGACUUUGGCGAGUUCAACGCUAUCGAUCGCAUCAUUUUCAGAGCCCCCAUUCGAACGGAGUACAGAGUGGCGUUCCCAUACCUUUACAACUCCCUGCCGCGGAGUGUGAAGCUCUCGUGGUAUUCUCAUCCCCAGGUCGUCUACGUCCGAUCCGAAGACCCCAAUCUCCCGGCAUUCUACUUCGACCCUGUCAUUAACCCUAUCUCAUCUCGAUCAGUAGCACCAAAGAACAUUACCGUCAGCCACGAGGACGAGAUCUUUGGGCCAGGGAAUAAUGAAGAUGAUGAGUUCGAGCUUCCUGGGAACGUCGAGCCUUUCCUUGCUGAUGAGGAGUUGUACAACAAUGAGACAUCAUCUGCCAUUGCGUUGUGGUGGGCACCCUUCCCGUUCGAUCGCAGAUCCGGUAGAAUGGUUCGUGCUCAGGAUGUGCCCCUUGUCAAGCAGUGGUUCCUCGAGCACUGUCCGCCAGGCCAGCCGGUCAAAGUUAGGGUCUCAUAUCAGAAACUUCUCAAGUCAUACGUUCUGAACGAGUUACAUAAGAAAAAGCCAAAGGCACAAAACAAACAGGAUCUUCUGAAGACCCUGAAGCAGACCAAAUUCUUCCAGCAGACCACUAUCGAUUGGGUUGAAGCUGGACUACAAGUGUGCCGACAAGGUUUCAACAUGCUCAAUUUACUCAUCCACCGCAAGAACUUGACAUACCUACAUCUCGACUACAACUUCAACCUUAAGCCCGUCAAGACGCUAACGACCAAGGAACGAAAGAAGUCAAGAUUUGGCAACGCUUUCCACUUGAUGCGUGAAAUCCUCAGACUGACGAAGCUCAUCGUGGAUGCUCAAGUACAAUACAGACUGGGCAAUAUUGACGCUUUCCAACUUGCUGACGGUAUUCUGUAUGCCUUUAACCAUGUUGGACAGCUGACCGGCAUGUACCGAUACAAGUACAAGCUUAUGCACCAAAUACGAUCAUGCAAAGAUUUGAAGCAUUUGAUCUACUAUCGCUUCAACUCUGGGCCCGUUGGAAAAGGCCCUGGAUGCGGUUUCUGGGCACCUUCGUGGCGCGUCUGGCUGUUUUUCAUGAGAGGUAUCAUCCCUCUUCUGGAAAGAUGGCUAGGUAAUUUGUUGUCCAGACAAUUCGAAGGCCGACACAGUAAGGGCGUUGCUAAAACCGUCACCAAGCAGCGUGUUGAAUCACAUUUCGAUCUUGAGCUGCGUGCUUCAGUCAUGGCUGAUCUUAUGGACAUGAUGCCCGAGGGCAUCAGGCAGAACAAGGUCAAUACAGUCCUUCAACAUCUAUCAGAAGCAUGGCGUUGCUGGAAGAGUAAUAUCCCGUGGAAGGUACCUGGUCUGCCUGCACCAAUCGAGAACAUCAUCUUGCGAUACGUAAAGAGCAAAGCGGAUUGGUGGAUUUCCGUGGCGCAUUAUAACCGAGAACGAAUUCGACGAGGUGCUACCGUCGACAAGACGGUUGCAAAGAAGAACCUUGGCCGUCUGACGAGAUUAUGGCUCAAAGCUGAACAGGAACGGCAGCACAAUUACCUCAAGGAUGGACCUUACGUGUCGUCCGAAGAGGCUGUGGCGAUCUAUACUACCACUGUUCACUGGCUCGAAUCACGAAAGUUCAUGCCUAUUCCGUUCCCAAGCGUUUCUUACAAGCACGACACAAAGAUUCUCAUUCUUGCUCUCGAAAGACUGAGAGAAGCAUACUCGGUCAAAGGCAGACUUAACCAAAGUCAACGAGAGGAGCUUGCCCUCAUCGAACAGGCCUACGACUCCCCUGGAACGACUCUUGCCAGAAUCAAGCGCUUCUUGCUCACGCAGCGAGCGUUCAAAGAAGUUGGUAUCGAUAUGAACGACAACUACAGCUCCAUCAAUCCUGUCUAUGACGUCGAGCCAAUCGAGAAGAUCACCGAUGCAUAUCUGGAUCAGUAUCUAUGGUAUCAAGCCUCCGAGCGGAAACUGUUCCCGUCCUGGGUCAAGCCGUCAGAUUCUGAGGUUCCGCCUCUGUUGGUUUACAAGUGGGCGCAAGGUAUCAACAACCUCACCAAUGUCUGGGAGACAGCCGACGGGGAGUGCAAUGUGAUGAUCGAGACUCAACUAUCCAAGGUCUACGAGAAAAUUGAUCUUACCUUGCUCAACCGUCUUCUGAGAUUGAUCAUGGAUCACAACUUGGCUGAUUAUAUCACGUCCAAGAACAAUGUCCAGCUGAACUACAAGGACAUGAACCAUACCAACAGCUAUGGUUUGAUCAGAGGCUUGCAGUUCUCGGGCUUUGUAUUCCAGUACUAUGGUCUGGUUAUUGACUUGCUUCUUCUUGGCCUGCAACGGGCGAGUGAACUUGCCGGGCCACCUAAUGCACCCAACGACUUCUUGCAAUUCCGUGAUCGAGAAACAGAGACCAGACAUCCCAUUCGACUGUACACCCGUUACAUUGAUAAGAUCUGGGUCUUCCUCAGAUUCAGCGCCGAAGACUCGAAAGACCUCAUCCAACGAUUUUUGACGGAGCAGCCCGAUCCCAACUUUGAGAACGUCAUUGGAUAUAAGAACAAGAAAUGCUGGCCUCGCGACUCUCGCAUGAGACUGAUGAGGCACGAUGUCAAUCUCGGCCGAGCGGUGUUUUGGGAUCUCAAGAACAGAUUGCCUCGUUCUAUCACCACAAUCGAAUGGGAUGACACCUUUGCCAGCGUGUACUCACGCGACAACCCGAACUUGCUCUUCUCUAUGUGUGGCUUCGAAGUCAGAAUCUUGCCCAAGAUUCGGAAUCCAAACGACGAAUUCCCAAUCAAGGACAGCGUCUGGGCUCUUUCCAACAACGAGACCAAAGAACGUACAGCUUAUGCGUUCUUGCAAGUCACUGAGGAAGACAUUCAGAAGUUCAACAACCGUAUUCGACAGAUCCUAAUGUCGUCGGGAAGCACGACUUUCACAAAGAUUGCGAACAAGUGGAACACAACGCUGAUCGCACUCUUUACGUACUACAGAGAAGCUGCUGUAUCGACAGUGAACCUGCUGGACACGAUUGUCAAGUGCGAGACGAAGAUUCAGACUCGUGUCAAGAUUGGUCUGAACUCGAAGAUGCCUUCUCGAUUCCCACCGGCGGUCUUCUACACCCCCAAGGAACUUGGAGGUCUUGGCAUGAUCUCUGGGUCUCACAUUCUCAUCCCGACCAGCGACAAGCGAUGGUUCAAACAGACUGAUACCGGCGUUACACAUUACCGUGCUGGUAUGUCUCACGACGAGGAGACUCUAAUCCCCAACAUUUUCCGUUACGUCGCCCCUUGGCAGAGUGAGUUCAUCGACUCACAACGUGUGUGGACCGAAUACUCCCAAAAGCGACUCGAAGCUCAACAACAGAACCGAAGACUAACCCUCGAAGAUUUGGAAGAUUCGUUCGACAGAGGUUUGCCAAGAAUCAACACCCUCUUCCAAAAAGACAGAAGCACAUUGUCCUUCGAUAAGGGUUUCCGAGCCCGGACUGAAUUCAAGCAGUAUCAGAUCAUGAAGAGCAACCCCUUCUGGUGGACUAGUCAGCGACAUGACGGCAAACUCUGGAAUCUCAACUCCUACAGAACCGAUGUUAUUCAAGCGCUGGGUGGUGUGGAAACCAUUCUCGAGCAUACCUUGUUCAAGGCAACGGCAUUUCCGUCCUGGGAGGGCCUCUUUUGGGAGCGAGCGAGUGGUUUUGAGGAAUCGAUGAAGUACAAAAAGCUCACCAACGCUCAGCGAUCCGGUCUCAAUCAGAUCCCCAAUCGACGAUUCACUUUGUGGUGGUCACCGACCAUUAACAGGGCCAACGUAUACGUCGGUUUCCAAGUCCAGCUCGAUCUCACAGGCAUUUUCCUUCACGGAAAGAUCCCUACGCUGAAGAUCUCCUUGAUCCAAAUCUUCCGGGCGCAUUUGUGGCAGAAAAUUCACGAGUCUGUCGUCAUGGAUUUGUGCCAGGUGUUUGACCAAGAGCUGGAGCAACUUGGUAUUGAAACUGUGCAGAAGGAGACGAUCCAUCCCCGAAAGUCGUACAAGAUGAACAGUUCUUGUGCAGAUAUUCUUCUGUUUGCCAGUCACAAGUGGAAUGUGACUCGGCCAUCACUUCUUUUUGACACCAAGGAUCAAAUUGAGGCCACGACUACUAACAAAAUGUGGAUCGAUGUUCAAUUGAGAUACGGAGACUAUGACUCCCACGAUAUCGAACGUUAUGUCCGUGCCAAGUAUCUCGAUUACACCACGGAUAGCAUGAGCAUCUACCCUUCGGCGACUGGCUUGAUGAUUGGUAUUGAUUUGGCUUACAACCUUUACUCAGCUUACGGUCAAUACUUCCCGGGUCUGAAGGCUCUUGUUCAGCAAGCUAUGGCGAAGAUCAUGAAGGCCAAUCCUGCUCUUUAUGUCCUGCGCGAACGUAUCAGAAAGGGUCUUCAACUGUAUGCUUCGGAAAGCACGCAAGAGUUCUUGAAUUCUCAGAAUUACUCCGAGUUGUUCAGCAAUCAGACUCAAUUGUUCAUCGACGAUACGAAUGUCUAUCGUGUCACUAUUCACAAGACAUUCGAGGGCAAUUUGACGACGAAACCCAUCAACGGUGCCAUCUUCAUCUUUAACCCGAGAACCGGUCAGCUUUUCCUGAAGAUCAUUCACACCAGUGUUUGGGCGGGUCAGAAGCGAUUAGGUCAAUUAGCCAAGUGGAAAACGGCAGAAGAAGUUGCUGCCCUCAUCAGAUCCCUUCCCGUGGAAGAACAACCGAAACAGCUUAUUGUCACCCGUAAGGGUCUGCUCGAUCCGUUGGAGGUUCACUUACUUGAUUUCCCGAACAUCUCUAUCAGAGCGUCUGAACUACAACUUCCGUUCCAAGCGGCGAUGAAAGUUGAGAAAUUGGCCGACAUGAUUCUACAAGCUAAAGAACCGCAGAUGGUGCUCUUUAACUUGUAUGACGAGUGGCUGAAGACCAUCUCUUCAUAUACUGCGUUCUCGAGACUGAUUCUGCUCCUGCGAGCAUUGCACGUCAACACCGACAAGACCAAAUUACUGCUGCGACCGGACAAGACGGUCAUCACACAGGCCCAUCACAUUUGGCCUUCGUUGUCGGACGAGGAUUGGGUCAAGGUCGAAGUGCAGCUCCGAGAUAUGAUCUUGAACGAUUAUGGCAAGAAGAACAACGUCAACGUUCAGAGUUUGACGAACAGUGAAAUCCGGGAUAUCAUUCUUGGUCAAGAAAUCGCAGCGCCUUCCAUGCAACGACAACAGGCCGCCGAGAUUGAGAAGCAGCAACAAGACCAGCAACAACUGACAGCGGUGACUACCAAGACCCAGAACGUCCGUGGCGAGGAGAUCAUCGUCACGACAACGUCUCAGUAUGAACAACAGUCCUUCGCGUCCAAGACCGAGUGGCGCACUCGGGCGAUUGCCACGACCAAUCUCCGCAAUCGUUCGAACAACAUCUACAUCUCCAGCGACGACAUCCACGAGGCCGAGGACGCGUACACGUACAUCAUGCCGAAGAACACGUUGAAGAAGUUUAUCGCCAUCGCAGACUUGCGUGUCCAGGUGGCCGGGUAUCUGUACGGGUCAUCUCCUCCGGACAACGACCAAGUCAAGGAGAUCCGGACGAUCGUCAUGGUCCCUCAGGUCGGCAGCACUCGCGAAGUCCAACUGCCUCACCAGCUGCCGCAGCACGAGUACCUGAAGAGCAUGGAGCCGUUGGGCAUCAUCCACACGACGUCGGGCAACGAAACGAGCUACAUGACCCCGGCGGACGUGACGCAGCACGCGCGUCUGAUGGCCCAGCACCCGUCGUGGGACAAGAAGACCAUCACCCUAACGGUGAGCUUCACGCCCGGCUCGGUUUCGCUGUCGGCCUGGUCCCUCACGCCCGCCGGGUACACGUGGGGCGCCAGCAACAAGGACACCCAGUCCGACAACCCGGCCGGGUUCUCGACCUCGUUCGGCGUCAAGACCCAGCUUCUCCUGUCGGACAAGAUCCGCGGAUACUUCCUGGUCCCCGAGACCGAGGUCUGGAACUACAGCUUCAUGGGCGCCGGCUUCUCCACGGUGGAAAAGAGACCCGUCUACGUCAAGAUCGACACGCCGAGACGCUUCUACGACGACAGGCACCGGCCUAUUCACUUCAGCAGUUUCAAUGAGUUGGAGGAUAUUUGGGCCGACAGGGAGGAUGUUUUUGCAUAA